AUGGAUGUAACUUUUACUGAAAACGAAGAGGGAGAAACACAGAAUCAAGAUGGUGAAGAUGGAGACCAGCAGCGAGAUGAAGAAGGUGAAGACGAGUACGCAGAAGAAGAUGUAAACGCAGGAAAAGAAGAUGUAAACGCAGGAGAAGAAGAUGUACACGCAGGAGAAGAAGAUGUACAUACAGAAGAUGUAAACGCAGGAGAAGAAGACGAGUUAUCGCGAGAGAACGGAGACACGGAAUUCAUCGCCGACGACGCCAAAUACUCCAACAAACUGGCAGCAUCGCGACCUAAUUCAGGCUCAGGAAGCUCUACGAGGUCCUCCAUAGCCAAGCAGACCGCCUUCAACGACAGCAACAGCAGCGCUAGUCUUCGCAAGAGACAUGUUCGGGACCGGAUGGGCAGAAACGCCCUACACUUGGCAGCUGAGAAGCCGCACGAUCCUGGCGUCUUCGAGCAACUCGUGCGCGCCGCGGGCCCCAAGAUGCUUGCCGAGCGCGACGCCUCCUACAGGACGCCUAGGGACAUCGCCCGCUCGCUUCAACACCACGACAACGUCAAGGAAAUAGACUUCUACGUCUGCAGUCUCGCUGCAGAAGACAAAGUUGAUGAGCUGCGAUACCUGGUGCUGCAAGGCUACACAGAUCUCUUCGAUGCCGAAGAUGCAGACGGCGACGACAUCUUUGCGGUGGCUGACAAAAACCAGCGCAAGAAAGCAGCUGUCAUGUUGCAAGAAGCAUCCGUUUACGAGGAACGGAGAGAGUGGAUGAACCGCGCGAUCACCGUGGGGUCGCUGCCGCACGUGCAAUACAUCGCAGACGCCCCUGACGUGAUCAUAGGACGUGACACGAAGGGACGGCUUCCCAUACACCUUGCCACGCUCCUAGAGAGGAAGGACAUCAUGAACUUCCUUGCUAACAAGGCCCCCGUCACCCUCUCCGUCGGCGACAACCUCGGCCGCACGCCUCUCCACUAUGCCAUGGCAGUCGAGGGGGUCGAAGAGGUUGCCAAAAUCCUCAUACAAGCUGGAGCAAAGCGCACCAUCAAGGACCUGAGAGGCAAGAUGCCGAGCUUCUACUUCAUGAAACGUGACGAGAUCAUCCAGAUGAUGAACGAGUUAUAUGAGCAAGAGAAAAAACAAUAAUGUUAAUAAUAAUAACAUAAUAAUA